CUCAGGCAGCCGCCGCCAUGUUGGUUUGAGGAGCGAUAACAGGAGGCGUCCGCGGCUUGUGGGAUUGAUAAGUGGAGGAGGAGGAAGAGACAAAGCUCUGAGAGGGAACCAUUCCUGUGCUGAGGAGAGGGAGGACCCGGCCGUUUCCGGGAGCAGCCGAAGGCGGCGACGCCGGAGCUCUCCAGGCCCGGGAGGGGCGGGGGAGGCGGAGGCGCGCGGAGGAGAUGCGCCCGGACCCUCGCUGCAGCCCGGAGGCGCCGGCGGCCUGAGCCCCAAGGGGCCGUGGCGGUCCCGUCCGUCUCGCAGCCGCGGCCUGACGCUUCGGCUCCCCGAGUUCAAUGCCCUUGAGUGCGGGUUUCAGCGGCCCGGCUCUCUGCCCCGGCGGCGCGAGUUGAGCCGUUUUCCGCGCGGCUCCGGGCUGGGUGCGCGGACGGCGCCGGCCACAGCGCGGCCGCCCCUCCAGUGUCGCGCGUCGAUGUGUAGCCACAUAGUUAUCUAUGUACAUCCACGCCGGGGCAUUUUUCUCCUGCUUAAUGAGGACUUGACUCGGGAGCGAGUGUGAAUCACUGCCGGGGCUGGGAAAGGAGGAAGGCGGAUUUAACCCCCUCCCACCCCGCUCCAUGUCGGUGUGUCACUCGGCUCGGUCCACCUGGCGCGGCCGGUCCCGGGGCUGCCACUGACUGCUGCUGACGACGACGGCGACGGGGGCUGCCGCCGCCACCCCGAGAGUUUCCUCGCGCUCCGGCCACACGGCUCCUGGGGAUUGUUCCUCUUCGCACCAGAUCCUCGGCCGGGCGGGCGCUUCGGCUCCGAAAUAACUUACUACCCUUGUUUUGGAAAGCACAUCAAGAAGGAAUUAACAUUGUGAAGACUCAUUUUUGUGGCUCGAAGACUUCUGCCCUUUUUUUGUUUUCUGCGUAAACAUCUGGGUGUAUAUCCGAACGGCAAGAUGUCUAGUAAUGUCCCGGCGGAUAUGAUAAAUUUGCGCCUCAUCUUGGUGAGUGGAAAAACAAAGGAGUUCCUGUUUUCUCCUAAUGAUUCUGCUUCUGACAUCGCCAAGCAUGUGUAUGACAAUUGGCCAAUGGACUGGGAAGAGGAGCAGGUCAGCAGCCCAAAUAUUCUACGACUUAUUUAUCAAGGACGAUUUCUACAUGGAAAUGUCACUUUAGGAGCAUUAAAACUUCCUUUUGGUAAAACAACAGUGAUGCAUUUGGUGGCCAGAGAGACAUUGCCAGAGCCAAACUCUCAAGGUCAAAGGAACCGUGAAAAGACUGGAGAGAGUAAUUGCUGUGUAAUCCUGUAAACACUGUCUGCCUAGUGUGGUGUGAUGCAGUCUUUGUCUUUCAUGCUGCUGGGACACAAGAGACCCAUCAUAGCUUCAGAAACCUUUAGGAACAGUCUGCCUGCAAAUCCAUGGAACCAAAUUGUCACCUUAACACUCAUCUUUUCUCAUGAAAGUAAAAAGAACCAAGAACAAUUUUCACCAUCAGUUUUUAUUUCUUAAAUUUGUCUAUGUUGAACAGUUUUAAAAUAUAUUGGUUUUUGAAUGCAGUCAAUCUCCAGGGGAAAAGUUUAACAAGUUAUCUUUCAUUGUAGAAAUGAUUUGCUGCAACAAAAAUUUUCAUCACCAGAACUAACAAGUAUUCCAAACACAAUUUGCACUAAAAAAUGAUUGACAUCAUUUUCCUCAUCAGCAGAAUUUAUAUCAGUUUAUGGUACCUAGAAACACUCAUACAGUUCCACACUGGAAGACACUCAGCAGUUAAUGAAGUUAAUUACUGGGCCAACUUGAGAGGAAAAAAUGGAAAAGAAACUAAAUGUUGAUUGAAUUCUACCAAAGUCAGUCACGGUCGUUGUACUGGCACAGAAUAUUAAACUAAGUGUGACUAUUUUCACUGCAACAAAUGAAAAAAAAAAAAUGUGCCUGUUGUUUAAAGCACUCAGUAGAGGGCUGAUGAAACUAAUUUUUUUCGUUUAACCCAUGCACUCUUAGGGCCUGCUGUUGCUGAGUGCUUGUUCAGACAGCACAAGGGAGGGGUGAGAGUGCAUUUCCUAGCCUUAAUGUGGGAGGGUGCGAGGCGCACAGAGGUUUUCAUUCUCAUGCAGAAAUAGUAGAAAACCUCAUUGACUGAUCAAUUUUACUUAUUUGAAUACCAGAAAAUUGGACGUUUCCAUAUUUACAUCUCAUCUCUAUCUGUGUCCAAUGUUAUACGCAUUAGAGAGUUCAGAUGAAUUCUCAAAAUUACAAAAAUAAAUCUCAGUACUAAUUUUAUUUCUUUAUAUAGUUUGCAUUUCAUAUUCGUGCUUGCAGUUGUAUGAAAAUCAAAAAAGCUGAUUUUUUUUUAAAGGCAUACAUGAUGAAAGAUGCCACUCUUAUUUUAUACCAGUAAUUUAAAGGUUGAUAUGCUAAAAACAAUUUGCACAGCAUUAAAGCAUGAACUAGUUUCAUCUAAACCUGUAAAAAAAAUGAAAGAUUUUAUAUUUUUUUUUCACUAGGAAAAAAUAUUCCUGGAUGAAAUUACAAAUAUGUGUAGAAUAUAUUUAAUAAAAAAACUUAUAAAAUACCUAACUAUAGAACUCACAUAUAGAUUGGCGUGUAGUAUAUAGAACAGUAUUCCAUAUAAAUAACUUUAGUCUUUUUAAAAAUGAAGUUGCAGGCUGACAUUAUGUUCUGUAUUUCGUAAGUGUUCAUGACCCUUCUAAGCAUUAAAUGUAAAUGAUUUCAAAUGGUUAGCUUUCUUUAAAUGCAGUCAUGUUAUUUUAUUCAUUGUUAAUGCUUUGAUGAGAAGGCUUUAUAUGCAGUAGAGCUACAAAAAUAUUGUUCAUACUGAUCAAAAUUAAAUUUGUAUAGAGCAGAGUUUUAAAAUGAAUGUAAAUAGCACUAAACACGUUCUUUCUGCAACCUGUACUUAGAGAUUCUUUCUGUAAACUAAAUAAAAAAAGAUAUCGUAGUGC